CCAAUGUUUGGGGCUUGAUUGUAUACACCUGUGUCCCAUGGAGGGAUUGGAACACACUGAAUCACAUGAUAUGGAGGGGAACUGAAACACCCUGAAUCACAUGAUUGGGAGGGGAUUGGAGCACCUGAAUCUACAUGAUGGGAGGGGGAUUGGAACACCUGAAUCACAUGACUGGGAGAGGAUUGGAACACCUGAAUCACAUGAUUGGGAGGGGAUUGGAGCACCUGAAUCACAUGACUGGGAGAGGAUUGGAACACCUGAAUCACAUGAUUGGGAGGGGAUUGGAACACCGGAAUCACAUGAUUUGGGAGGGGAUUGGAACACCUGAAUCACAUGACUGGGAGAUGACUGAAACACAGCUGAAUCACAUGAUUGGGGAGGGGAUUGGAGCACCUGAAUCACAUGACUGGGAGAGAGAUUGGAACACCUGAAUCACAUGAUUGGGAGGGGAUUGGAACACCGGAAUCACAUGAUUGGGAGGGGAUUGGAACACCUGAAUCACAUGAUUGGGAGGGGA